CUACUUUACUUUGCUUUCUUACUCUGGUUUCGCAAAGAUCAAGAUUGCUUUUUAACACUCUCUGCCAGACUGCCACUACCUAUUAAGCUUCAACGUGCAAUAAACAUAGGGGAAAAAAGGUUUUUUUUUCUUUCUUUCUUUUUGAAAUGAGCAAAGACAAAGGGAAGCAAAAACUGAAUGAAGAAGCUGAAGGCGAAGAUUGGUGCUUUGUUUGUAAAGAUGGUGGGAAGUUGCUGCUUUGUGAUCACAAGGGCUGUGGAAAAGUUUAUCAUCCCACAUGUGUUGGUAAGAGAAAUUCAGUAUUGAAGUCUGAAGGUCGCUGGACCUGCCCCAGGCAUUCUUGUGCUGAAUGCGGUGGUCCCCCACGGUAUUUUUGCCUCAUGUGCCCCGAUUCCGUCUGUAGGCUCUGUGUUAAGGCUUAUGAGUUUGUGCCUGUUAAGUUGAACAAAGGACUUUGCAAAACAUGUUUUGAGCUCUCACUACUUGCAGAAAUGAAUGCAGAAGUUGACUCUGAAGGGGAUAAGCUACACUUUCAAGAUACAGAUUCCUCUGAUUUCAUGUUUAAAGACUAUUUAUUGAUAAUAAUGGAGCAAGAAGAGUUGAAGUUUGAUGAUUUGCGUCAUGCUCAGUCUGAGACGAAGAACUAUGAAAGUGGCUUGGAUUGUGAUAAGAUUAAGGAUAAAGACGCUAUAAUCACAAUAUCAGAUGUUGAUAGAGAGUCAACUUCUGCUUCAGAUGAUUCAUUUGGUAAAAGAAGAAGUCCCAGAAGAAACCAGGGAAAAAGAAUAAGAUAUGCGAUCUUUUCAAAGCUCAUUUUGCUGAUACUUUGGAACUGUCAAUCUUGGAUGGCAAGGUGAAUGAUAGUGGAAGUCGUUUGGUGAAUGAGAAUAAACGGAUUACCUCAGAAUACAAGAGGCA